AUGUCAAGUAUUCCUGAAGAGAUCUACCUCGAUAUCUUGUUAAGGUUAUCAGUGAAAUCAACACUUGCAUGUAAGUGUGUCUGCAAGUAUUGGUAUGCCCUAAUCACUUCCUCGUAUUUUGUUAAAUCCCACCAUAAUCUUACUAUCCAGGAAACAAAAUUUCUUGUCAUGAUAUCUGACUCUGAAAAGCCUCGCAGAGUAAUCUGCUCCGUAAGCUAUGAUCCUUUAUCGGUGUCUUCUAAAGAAUUUCAUUUGUAUGGCGUGGAAAUUGAUAGGCCAUUGGGAUGUCUAGAUUAUGCUUUUCAGUUAGUGGGUUAUUGUAAUGGUUUGGUUUGUAUUUGGAGUCCACUGAAAAAGUUGUUUGGUCUAUGGAAUCCUUACAAUAACGAAUUUAAGGAACUACCCAAAUCGCUAAAUAAUCCAGUGGCUCCAAUGAAUUUUCCAUAUGCUUUUGGUUAUGAUAUGCUUGUAUUGAUAUGCUUGUAUUAUGAUUUUGUGGGCAAUAAUUUACUAGUUGAUGUCUGUAUCAUAGGACAAAAAUCAUGGAGAAGUACUCGAGUCACCCUUUACAUCAUAGAUCAAGGCAAUGAAACAUUCAAAGAAUUGCAACCACCAGAAGUACCUUUAGAGAAAAGGAAAUGGUGGUCUGGUGUGGGAGUGUUGAAAGAGUGCCUUUGUGUACUUGCUUAUGAUGUCAAUGUUGAAGUAUGGGUUAUGCAGGAUUAUGGAGUUCAAGAAUCUUGGACAAGACAUUAUACCAUUACCCAUGAGAGAAUUGUAAAAGAUCAUCUGAGGCCUAUCUGGUGUUUCAGCAAUGGUGAGAUUCUAUUCGUGAACAGUGUUUGGUAUCAUGCUGAUCUAGUUUUGUAUGACCCAAAGGAUGGAAGUGCUAGAAAUCCAAAUGUGCAUGUUGAGAACCAAAUAUUCAAAUUUCCGAAGGCAAUGAAUACAUUUAUCUUAGUUCCGACUUCAGUACUUAGGUGGGGUGAAUAA